AUCAUGAAACAUAACAGAAGGCGAAGUUGAAUCGGAAAACCUCCAAGUUUCCUCUUUUUCUUUUGGUUUUCCUUCCAAAAAAAAAAAUUUGGACGGUUAGUCUGCUAAAUCUUUUCGAUUCUCAAAGAUUCUCCCCAAUUUUCGCCGAUAUCUUCGGUUUCUGCUGCUUUGUUUUCCCUGUUUUUCGGUAGCUUUCUUCUCCCUUGAUAUAUAUCAAUUUCCCAUUAGUUUUUCGUUUGGGAUAUUGUGAUCAGGGUGUUGUUUUUUUUUCUUUAUCUGGAAGCGGGUUUAGGUUUUGUGUGUUUUGAAUUUCUGGGGUUCUGAUUGAUCUUUUGAUCGAUCGAAUCUAUUCGUGGGAUUGGGAUACCGGGAUCUGGGACUCUGGUUUUGUAGGUUUUCGAUCGGAAUUCCUGAAAAAUCUAUUGAAUAGGUCACGCGUUCGGAUUGAUCCCUCGAUUGAGAUAUGGAAACGUGUUGAUCAACGGGGGUUUGAUCUUGUCGUAGUGUAUCUCUACGUCUGUGGAUGAAUAUUGUCGUGAAAAGGGAGGAGAAUUUGCUUCAACACUUUGCAGACUCGUUUCUGGGUCUUCUAAGCCUGUCCGGUUUGUCUUUGAGAAAAAGAUUUUCAUUUGGCGUGAUCCCUAGAUAUAGAUGGGAUAAGGUGUUCUUUCAGCUACAGGGUGGAUAACUGAAAAAAAAAAUUCUGAAUCUGCUGGGCUUUUUUGGUGUGGUCGAAACUGGAUUGAGAUGGGUUCAUCACAAGGCUCGACAUUGUCGGCUGAUGUGACGAGCCUUGUGGACGCAUUGCCUGUUUUUGCCAAAACCCUAAUCGCUGGAGGAGCUGCGGGAGCGUUGGCUAAGACUGCUGUUGCACCCUUGGAAAGGAUCAAGAUUCUAUUGCAGACUAGAACUGAAGACUUUCGGACCCUUGGAGUGUACCGUUCUCUAAACAAGGUGUUAAAAUGUGAAGGACCUCUUGGAUUCUAUAAAGGGAAUGGGGCAAGUGUUAUUCGGAUUAUUCCAUAUGCUGCCCUUCAUUACAUGACGUAUGAACAGUAUCGCAACUGGAUUUUGGAAAAAAAUAUCCCCUUGGGUUCUGGUCCCAUUGUUGAUCUUGUGGCUGGUUCAGCUGCAGGCGGAACAGCAGUGUUAUGCACAUAUCCCCUGGAUUUAGCUCGUACUAAACUAGCUUACCAGGUUUCUGAUACAAGACAGAGUCUCAGGCAUGGUGUGAAUAACAUUUAUGGCCAACCUGCUUAUUCAGGAAUAAAGGAGGUUCUUGCAGUUGCAUAUAGAGAAGGAGGUUUACGGGGUCUAUAUCGAGGCAUAGGGCCAACGCUAAUCGGCAUCCUUCCUUAUGCUGGUCUGAAGUUCUACAUAUACGAGGAGCUCAAGAGGCACGUUCCAGAAGAGCAUCAGAACUCUGUUCGGAUGCAUCUUUCAUGUGGAGCAAUGGCUGGCUUGUUUGGUCAGACCUUCACUUACCCUUUGGACGUCGUUAGAAGACAAAUGCAGGUAGAGAAUCUGCAGGGAGAAGGAAACAAGCGGUACAAAAACACAUUCGAUGGGCUCAACACGAUAGUCAGAACGCAUGGUUGGAGGCAGUUGUUUGCCGGUUUAAGCAUCAACUACAUUAAGAUUGUGCCGUCGGUUGCGAUAGGUUUCACGGUGUAUGAGUCUAUGAAGUCAUGGCUGCGGAUCCCUCCACGUGACAGAAACCCAAACCCAAAACCAGCGUCUGUGUCUUAAUCCCAAAGCUGUUUAGCUUCUAGCGGGUUCUGUUUCCGGUUUUUUUUUUUUUCUCUCUUUUAUUGAUUUGAACUUUGGAAUCGUGAGGCUUUUAUGCCAUAUCUAUAAGUACUUUUGGUCCCUCUUCUUAUAGAAUUGAGAACACAUGUUUCUGUGAUUCAUCGUCUUUUGUAACACUCGAUAGAAUACAUUUAUGUUACAGCUUAAACA